UCACCUCAACAUCCCUUUUACCCUUCAUUUCAUUUAUUCCUCAUCUCCGUUCUUCACAGACAAUCACAUGGGCAUUCUUGUAAACUAUUGGAUCCUCCUCCAUCAAUGACUUUUUCCCAUAAAAAAUCAUCAUCAUCAACAUCACAUCUUUGUGAAGACACACUCUAUCAACAGUCAACCAACACGGUUUCUACUUCUUCAUCUUCACAGCUUCCACAGUAACUGAAACAUGGAGAGUGGAAGGAAGAAGAGAAAAAUGGGGAAUGAAGAGGAAAAAGACGAUGAAGAUGAUGAUGAAGAAGAGAAAGUGGAGAAGUUCUUUGCUUUGAUAAGGAGCACAAGGGAAAUGCGUGAUCGUCUAAGAAGCGCGGCGGUGCCUAAUGGACCAAAAGAGGAAGAAUAUCAGAAGAAGAAACAGGAAGACAAGGCGGUUGUUGGUGGUGGUGGCGGCGUCGGACAGUGGAAUCCAACGUUCCAAGCAGAGGAUUUCAUGGAGGGUUCCAUAUCCAGGUCUGGGAAUAAUUCUUUGGGGUUGAAUGUUGCAGGCCCUUCCAGUUCCAACGUACAACGUGAACCGGAAAAAAGAACCGAGGACGACGGCGGAGAAGGUGGAGGUGGUUUGGACCUUAAGCUUUCUUUAUCUUUGUAGUGGUCUGUCUCGGUGUUUCUGUAUGUAAAUUUGUGGCUCUGCUUGGUUCAAGUUUUAGAGACAAGCCUCUGGCUGCGGGAAUUGAAAGCAGGGCCAUGGUGGUCGUAAUAGGGUUACUUAAACAAGUAAAAUAAGCAUUUGAAUGUGCAAUUCCUUUUCACUAUGAUUUUAAAAAUGGGGUUACGUUUUGAGGCCUAAAUAGCCAAUCGGCCGAACUGUAACCUGGGGUUGAAUUUCACUUUCUAUCACAUAUGUACAGGCUGAUAGACUCAAAUAUGUAGUUUUGUAUUAAUUGGGUGCUUCAAGUUUGUUUUCAGCCUAUUAA